GAGAGAACCACUUUUCUCAGGUGAAAGAGGAGAGAAGGGAAAGAGGAUACGGAUUAUGAAAGGAUGAAUCAAUUUCAGAACCCAAAACCCUCUAUCAGAAGCGUCACGCUAGUGGGAUCUAUCUAAUCUGCUUCCCUCUUUUCCCCUUUACAAUUCUAUUCCCGACCCUGUACAUUUUCAUUCUCGUUUUUCCGCGAAAAUUUGGUUCGAAAGCCAUUGGAUCAGGAUUUAGAGGUGAUCGAGCCAUUCGCGGUUACAAUCGCCGGGAAUUUUUGUAUGUGUCGUUUGAGAAUCUCAAAAUGGUGAUUGAGGAUAACGAGAGCUGUGGGAGUAGGGUGGCGGAGACUUCGGCCGGGAAGAACUGGCAGCAGCGGAAGAAGGUGGAGGUUUACAACGAGGUUUUGCGGCGGCUGAAGGAGGCCGAGCAUCCGGAGGCGCAGGAGCCGUCUUUCGACGAUCAGCUUUGGGCCCAUUUCAAUCGCCUUCCUGCCAGACUUUGCCUUUCUGUCUUGCAUUCGGAAAUGGGGUGGGAUUUUUUUACGUUUUUCUUCUCUCAAUCCGUGGAUUUGGAUGCUGGGUAUACAAUGGAUGUUAAUGUUGAAAGGGCAGAAGAUGUUCUUACCCACAAACGUUUACUGCAUCUGGCACGUGAUCCUGCUAAUAGACCAGCUUUUGAAGUUCGAUUAGUGCAGGUGGUACCAGUCCUUGAUGGGAAUUCAGAAGAUUCUGUGCACUCACGCCCACCAAGAAAAGGGAGCAUCCAUGCACCACCCGCCUUUGGUUCUUCACCUAAUGUUGAAGCUCUAUUACUUGAAGCCAACAGAUCCGAAGCUCAGGAUGGGGACAGUGCCACCGACGCUGGUGCCAAGUCUGCUAGGCCCAUGCAUGAGAUUACAUUUUCAACUGAUGACAAGCCAAAGCUCCUCAGUCAGUUGACUUCUUUGUUAGCUGAAGUUGGGCUGAAUAUACAGGAAGCACAUGCCUUUUCCACUAUGGAUGGCUAUUCUCUAGAUGUCUUUGUUGUUGAUGGGUGGCCAUUUGAGGAGGUUGAGCAACUUCGGAAUGCUUUGGAGAAGGAAGUUUUGAAGGUUGAGAAACAAUCUUGGCCAAGUCCAAAUUCUUUGCCCCCUCUUAAUGAACCUGAGCAUAGAGAGGUUAAAUGUGAAUUGGAUCAUCUGAAAAUUCCCAAUGAUGGUACUGAUGUUUGGGAAAUUGAUCCUCAAUUCUUGAAAUUUGAAUCAAAAGUAGCAUCCGGAUCUUAUGGUGACCUAUACAAAGGUACUUAUCACAGUCAGGAAGUAGCAAUUAAAAUUCUCAAGGCAGAGCGUUUGAAUAUGGAACUGCAGAAGGAAUUUGUCCAAGAAGUAUAUAUAAUGAGGAAAGUUCGUCACAAAAAUGUAGUGCAGUUCAUAGGGGCAUGCACCAGACCUCCUAACUUGUGUAUAGUAACAGAAUACAUGUCUGGAGGGAGUGUUUACGACUACCUUCACAAGCAGAAGGGUACCUUUAAGCUUCCAGCCUUGCUCAAAGUAGCAAUUGAUAUAUCAAAAGGCAUGAACUACUUACAUCAAAACAAUAUAAUUCACAGGGAUUUGAAGGCUGCAAAUCUUUUAAUGGAUGAAAAUGAAGUUGUUAAGGUUGCUGAUUUUGGGGUGGCUAGAGUAAAAGCGCAAACAGGUGUGAUGACAGCAGAAACUGGAACAUAUAGGUGGAUGGCCCCUGAGAUCCCAUACGAGUACUUGACUCCUUUACAAGCAGCGGUUGGAGUAGUUCAAAAGGGUCUUCGGCCGACUAUUCCAAAGCACACUCAUCCAAAGCUUGCUGAGCUGCUUGAGAGAUGCUGGCAGCAAGAUCCAGCUUUGAGACCCGACUUCUCUGAACUCAAGGAAACUCUACAGAAGAUAGCUAAAGAGGUUGGAGAUGAUGGAGACGAUAAAUGCAAGGAGAAAUCUGCAGGAAUUUUUUCUGCCUUGAGACGAGGACAUCGCUGACCAAAAUACAGUAGGAUUUAUUGGACUUCUGAUUUUUCAUUUUUCUCUGCGUGUGUGUGUGU